UGACGGCGGCCAUCAUGGCGGUGUGUGGCGCGGCGGCUGCAGCGGCGGCAAGCGAAGGGAAGCGCUGGUACUUCAGCCGGGAGCAGCUCGCGCGCAGUCCCUCUCGUCGCGCGGGGAUCGACCCGGAUAAGGAACUGUCGUACCGGCAGCAGGCGGCUAAUCUGCUUCAAGAUAUGGGCCAGCGCCUCAAUGUUUCUCAACUGACUAUCAAUACUGCUAUCGUCUAUAUGCAUCGAUUCUACAUGGUUCAGUCCUUCAGCCAGUUUCCUCGGAAUUCUCUGGCACCAGCUGCCCUGUUCCUGGCAGCCAAGGUGGAGGAACAGCCUCGAAAACUGGAGCAUGUUAUCAAGGUCGCUCAUGCCUGUUUGCAUCCUCUAGAGACUCUUCCGGAUACACGGAGUGAGGCAUACCUGCAACAAGCCCAAGACCUGGUCAUUCUAGAGAGCAUAAUACUGCAGACCCUGGGAUUUGAAAUCACCAUUGAUCAUCCCCAUACACAUGUGGUGAAAUGCACGCAGCUUGUACGAGCCAGCAAGGAUCUGGCACAGACUUCUUACUUCAUGGCUACCAAUAGCCUUCACCUAACCACCUUCAGCCUGCAGUACACCCCUCCCGUUGUGGCCUGCGUCUGCAUCCACCUGGCCUGUAAGUGGUCCAACUGGGAGAUCCCAGUCUCCACGGACGGCAAGCACUGGUGGGAAUACGUUGAUGGCACUGUAACUCUGGAACUUUUGGAUGAGUUAACACAUGAGUUCCUACAGAUCCUUGAAAAAACUCCCAACCGGCUAAAACGAAUCCGGAACUGGCGGGCUACCCAGGCAGCCAGGAAAUCCAAGACGGAUGAACAGGGCGAUGAUGAUUGUCUCUCAGAACAGACAAUCCUGAGCAUGAUCUCCAGAAGCUCCUCUGACAUGACCAUUGCGGGUUUGAUGAGCAUGUCGACUUCCUCGGCUGCAGGGACUGUAGCUUCGCUCCCAUCAACCACAGGCGACUCCCCAGGAGAUCUGUGUGGCACAGAAGCAUCGGACACCUGGAUGGCUCCAGUCAAAUUAGAGAGCAGCCACAGGCCUAAUGAAGCCUCUCUCAGCGCAGAUCAUCCGCAUCACGACAGCAGUAGAAGCUCCUUCUCAAAGCAGAGCAGUAAGAGCGUACCACUAGCAAAGGUGUCGUUAAAGGAGUACCGCGCCAAGCACGCCGAAGAGCUGGCCGCGCAGAAACGCGAGCUGGAAAACAUGGAGGCUAACGUGCGCUCUCAGUAUGCUUAUGCCGCUCAGAACCUGCUAGUGCAGCAGCAGCGGGAGCGGGACGUUCAGCAAGAAAGCAACCCGUCUCCCAUCAUCCUGAAAAUCCCCUUGAGCAGCAACGCUGAUGGUUCGGAACGGCCUCCAGCUGAGAAGGCUGACAAACCUUCCUCUGCCCUCAAAGUGCGUCUUCCUGUCUCCGGGGACAAAGCUGCUGUUCCUUCCUCCAAGCCUGAGGAAAUAAAAGUACGCAUCAAGGUGCCAACCACCUCAGAACGGCACAGCUCAUCCGACGAGAGUAGUGGGAAAAGCCGUGGCGAGCAUAGGGAAAAACAUAAGGGCCAUUCAUCCAACCAUCACCACCAUCAUCACAAUCAUCACUCUCACAAACAUUUGCACACGCAGCCUGUUGCAAGCGCCAAGCGACCGGGGGACUCAAAGCAUGGCAGCCAGGGCGGUGUGGCAUCCCACAAAGGUUAUGUCCCAACUUGUUCCUCCUCCCGUAAGAGACCCCUUGCUGAAGAGGCCUCCACUCUAGCACACGAACAUCAGUCCAAAAUCAGCAAGGGUUCAAAAGGGCCCACCAUGUCAUUCCCCUUCCCUCAGCACCCUGGACAUAGCUUGGACGUGGCCAGUUUGUCUUUUGCCCAGGGUGGCAAAGCCAGAGCAGCUCAUGGAAAACUGGACAAGAGCACAGUGGGGGCCAAUGGGCAUAACAUGAACCAGACCAUUGACUACCAGGAUACAGUGAACAUGUUGCAUUCCCUGCUCAGUGCGCAGGGCAUGCAACCCACCCAACCACCCACUUUUGACUUUGUGCACUCAUACGGCGAGUACUUGAACCCCAGGGCAGCUGCCAGUGUGGAUAAACCACGGCCACCCCCUCUGCCUUCAGAACCUCCCCCUCCCCUGCCACCUCUCCCCAAGUGAUGACCGUUUUAACUACUGAUGUUGGGUUGUCUUCUGCAGAGGACAAGUGGCUCAGUCAUCUCCACUGCCUUGUGUGAAUGCCCUUUUAUUCCCUCCCCUCCCCCUUUUAAAUGUUUUUUUCUUGGUAUGAGAAUGUGGAGCCCUUGAAGCUGUGAAAGGGUCUGUCCUCUUUCUCCAUGUGCUUCCCCCGCCUUUCCCUUGAGUCCCACUGGAAAGAGAUGGAAAUGUAUUUCCUGUGUGACUGAGCCUUGGCAUGCAGAGUUUUGAACUUCCUGGAACAACGGGAGAGAGGGAACGGGGCUAUUUAAAUUGUCGUAGUCUUUCUCCUUCUAAAAAGACGUUUUAAAUAAUUUAAAAUAAGUUAUAUAUGUUCUUAGUGUUGAUUUUAUUUUUCUAAGAUGGAUAAGGAAGGGGUUAGAGUGGAAGCUGAAAUGGAAGCAGAGCUUUGUGAGCUCUGGCUGCUUACUCUUUAAGUGCAUCUGGUUUUGGUGGAAGUUGCUUCCUUCUGGAUGGAAGUAGUGGAGGUCUGGAGAAAGUAUGUGUGUGAAGGGCAUGAAUGUGACCAGAGUAAUGGUGGGGUGGGGGAUUUCUUUUCUUUUUUGCCUCAGUUUCCCGCCACCUUGGUUUUUCGCUGCUCCCUAGUGAGUGAAUGGAGACAGAUGCAGACCCCAUCUUUCCAAAGUACUUUCAAAAUAGCGAAGAAAAGAUGUGUGAAAUCGCUGGCUUUGUCUAGCUCUUCCUGCUGAGCAGGAAGUAUGUAGGUACCCAGCUUUCUUUUCACUUCCCUCCUUGACCACACUGCUUCCAUUGGAUUGUCCUAAAUGCAAUCAGAGGGUAAAUGGACUAGCUAGCUGGAACGUUAAAAAAUUCAGAUGGGAUCAUAUUGUACAGAAGAACAUGACUGUGUUCUGUGGGAACUCAGAGUGCCUUCAGAAAGAAGGGUUCCUGCAGCAAAGAUAGGGUGUUUUGGGAAGAGGAACUGGAAGGAAGCUAGAAUGCCUUUGUGAAUGUUACAACGGUAAUCGUGAUUCUGGGAUGUUUUAAAUUGUAUUUAAACCGCAUUAUGAGAUAUGAGAUUUUCACAUUUUGUUAGAGGGAGAAAAAUACUUUUUAAAGUAUAUGUAAAGACAGCAACAAGUGGAAUCAGACAAAUUUGGAUUGCAGAAUGGAAGCAUGAAAAGAGCUGAUUUAAAGCAUUGAUGAAUGAAUUAAUGGGAACCUACUUGUCUUCUCAUUUCAAGAUAUCUGCCAGCAUUACAAAAAUGUGGCCAGCCAGAGAGUGUCCUGAGUCCUAGGUAGAAGAAAAUGAAAGAUAAACUAAAGAUCAUUCCAGAGAAGUAUUCUAAUCAAAGGCUGCGCAGCAAAAGGCGCAGCAAACUCACUGAUCUAAUUCUCCAAACUUUUGAUAAGUUACAACGGCUAAUUUUUAAGCACGGCCAUUCACUUUGGAUUUCUGUAGAUCGCAUCAGGGCGCUUAAGGAAUCAGUUUACUGGUAGCAUCUGAGCAGUUGCACAGAUCACUUGGAGUUGGUGCUCUAAAAUGCCAGCCUUGCUGCCCUUUGGAUGUUCAGUCCCUGGUUCAGCGAACUGGUCAAAGGUUUUCUACCACUGUGAAGAAAACUUCCAAGGUGAAAAAUUCCAGCGGAGGCUUUGGUGUUUCAUAAAAAAUGCUCAGUUGGGAUGGAGUACUUUGACUAAAAUAUUUGCUAUGUAGCAUGUUACAACAGAAACUGGAGGUAUGAGGAGGCUCAGAAUAACCUUUGCAGUCUCAAGCAAGAAAAGUCAUAUUUAUGCUAGCUUGCUGGUUAAUGAUAGGUGCACCAUAUUUAAAGCAAUGAAGGGUGCUUGGUCUCUUAAGUAGCCGUUUUAGUUUGAUUGAAGUGUUCCAUCUGAAUUCAGAACAGUGAGUUUAUUUUCCCACCAUUUCUGGAGCAGAGGUGUCACAAACUUUGGGCCUGGUUUCACAUGAUAUUUCAGGAACUUAAUUCUAAUUCCCAGCUCGUAUUAUUACUAUUCUAAAUUUCAAUAAAUGUACUGUCUCCACA